GUAUUCCAGUCUCUCAACAGCACUUAAUUUGGAAUAAUACAGAACUGAAGGAUAACUAUUGUUUAAAUGAUUAUAACAUUUCAGAAGGUUGCACUCUGAAAUUAGUUCUGGCUAUGCGAGGUGGACCUAUUAACACCAGAAGAGUUCCUGUGGAAGACCCUAUUAGGGAGAUGGCUGAAUACAUGGAUCCCACUAGAGAUGAGAUCUGGGAAAAAGGACCAUCCAAUAAACAAGUUACCUUUCUAGUCUAUCGAGAAGGAGAUCAGUUGAAUUUCUUCCGCGUGGUAGACCGGGGAGAUGGCACUUUAACGCCUUUAUCUGAAUCUUUGAGCGGUGGUUCAGUUUAUAAUUUAUACGCUGAUGAUGAAGAUGAGACAGAGGCGUCACCUUCUGGCCAGCAGAUUAUUGAGAAUUCAAUUACUAUGAAUAAAAUGAAACUGCUCAAGGCAAAGAUGGAGAACAUGAAUCUGAGUAAAAAGCCUAAGAAAACGGUCAAGGUGAAACCUCGUCCUCCAAUGGCUCCUCGACCGUCUAGUGGCUCAGUGACUGCUGCUCGUCACCGUUUUUUAAGAGUGCUCCCUCAUAUCGGCCAGUCCUGCCUACCUCCUCCUGGGAAUUUGUAUCCCUCAGAGUCUUCCCAAAACGCACUUUCAGCAUUAGCUACUUUGGCCACUGCUGGUAGAACGAUGCCAUCCACAACUAACGACUUUCUUAAGGAAGAUGACACUUGGCAGAGCAACUCUUGGUCUCAGUCGGUUAGCAGCAUCAGGUUACCACCAAAAAUAUCUCGUGUUGAACUAGAAAAUGCAAAACUACCUGCAAAUAGUGUUUUAACUCCUGUUCCAUCUCUGCCUGCAAAUUCAGAAAAAGCAUCUGAAAACGUGACCUCAGCAAGUGAGGAGGAUGCUGUUUUGUUUCCGAAUCUGACAAAUGUAGAACUGUAUGGAACAGAAGAAAAGCCUUUACCUGAAACAGAUACUUUUGCCUUGUUAACAGAAGCAAGCACCAGCGAACAGUGUAGUGAGGUGUAUGACAUAGGAAAGGUGAAUCCAGAACUUGAACUGUCCGAUGGAGAUGAAGAAUCGAAGGUUGUAGAGCAGCAUAGGAAACCUGUUAGCAAAGUGCUGAGCACUGCAGCAAUGGGAGCAGGUCUUCUCAGUACUCGUGAAUUAAGUCCUCAGAAAAAUCUGCAUUUGUCACCUCUUCGGUAUUCGGCACAAGUGGCACGUCACAGUUCUCUGAAAUCACAGACACAACCCAAAUGCUUUGAGGGUGGCAGUUUGAGAUCUACAGCCUCUCCAAACGUGCUUCGAUCACUGGAAGUUCGUAGUGUAGCGGACUCCUCUUUCUCUAGGACUGCUAGAUUUCGUAGCAUGAAAGUAGAGUCACUUGGCAAAAGACCUGAUGUAAUUUCUAAAGCAGAAGCUAGGGACAUCACAGAUGUGGCUAACAAGGCAUUCAAAGAACCUGUGAGUUCUGUGAGUAACUUGGGAUUUCUGGCUUCGCUGGCCCGAAGCACAAGCAGGGAAGGUUUACAGAGUUCCUGCAGGACAGGCAGGUUUCGGACUUCUGGUAUUGCACUACCUACAAACCUGCAGCAUUUUCAGGAAGAAAGCUUUAGGAAAACUGCUCCUCCAAAUGAAGCUGCUGAAUAUAUUUUAUCUGCGCAUGGGCUUGGAAUGAAUGGAAGUAUUGCAGCCGUAGGGAAAAGGAAAGCAGGUGAAGCAACCCAUCUUCCACCCGUGAACGGCUCAAUUCAAGCAAAAAAGAAAAUUACAAAGCAUUGCUUUCUUUGUGGCAAGAAAACUGGAUUGGCAACCAGCUAUGAGUGCAGAUGUGGAAACAACUUCUGUGCAACGCACCGCUAUGCAGAGACUCACACCUGCACCUACGACUAUAAGAAUGCAGGGCGAAGGUAUUUGCAGGAGACCAAUCCUGUCGUUAGUGCACCAAAGCUUCCCAAAAUCUAACACGGUUGUGCUGCAUGUGGCCGUUCUGCCAUUGAAGAGUGUUAUUACAUUGAGAGAAGCACUUGCUUAAACUGCAUAAGUUUGCCAUGCUCCAUGUUUAAAGAUUUGUCAAGUAACAAAAGCACACGAGGAUGCAUCCUGUCGAAGAAUAAUGUGAACACUACUGCAAUUAAAACUUUUCUUCUUUAGCGAACGGAAAGUUAAAGAUUAGUUUUUAAAAACUGACACUAUGAUUUACCUGUUACUGCACGUCUUGUGUUGUGUUUUAUAUUUGGAAAAGCUAUUUCACUAGACAAGUCUUUAAAAGAUGCACUUUACUAACUUUAUUUACUGUAUAUCCAGACUCGAGGGGGUGUUGUAACGAGGGUGUCAUGUAAUGUCUUCUGUACUCUUGCGUUUCUUGUCCUUUGCGUGGGACCUUCUAAGUUAUUUCACUAGAAAAAUCCUCCCCGUUUUGCAAACAGCCUAUUUUGAGAUUUUUGGAGGGGAUCGUGUGUUCCACCCCCCCGUUCCAUUCAGAUUGGUGUUCCUACACUGUGUAUCCAUUCUGAGAAUGACAUACCGCGUUAAUCCCAUUUUCUUAAAAUAAUACUGUUUAUAUGAGAAGUUUGUUUUUAAAUAGAAAAAUCCCCCUUUGUUGACAUCAAAUAUAAGAAAGAACUU